UUUCUUCUUCUCGUUCUCGUCCGAAUCCCUCGCGUUCCUCGCUUCCCUCGCCGACCUUCGACUCCAAUUCCAUCCCCAAACUCUCCGAUCUCUCGCUAUCCAGCUCCAUAGACGAAUUCCAGGUGAUCACAGCGCCCGGAGCUAGGGAGAGCCGGUACGGCAUGCAGCGGGGGCGGCGAGGAGGACCAGUAACAAGGGAGGCAGCUGCGGCUGCAGCGGCGGCGGCCGCGGCGAGGGAAACACCGCCGCAGGUGGUGAAGGUGAAGAGAGAAGUGGUGGCGGGGUGUAUGACGUGCCCGGUUUGUCACAAGCUUCUAUCCGAGGCUACCACCAUCUCUGAGUGUCUUCAUACUUUUUGCAAGAAGUGUAUUUUGGAGAAAUUCAAUGAUGAGGAGAUAGACUACUGCCCAGUUUGCAAAACUGAUUUAGGGUGUGCUCCAGAGGACAAGCUUAGGCCUGACCAUAGCCUACAGGACAUAAGGGCAAAGAUUUUCCCACCUAAAGGGAAAAAGGUCACUGCACCUGAAGUUACACCUUCAGUGCCUUCACCAGUCAGAAGAAAGGAACGAUCUAUAUCAUCAUUGGUAGUUAACACACCAAGAAUAGCAGCCCAGUCGACUUUGACAGGAAAAAGAACUAAAGCUGUUGUUAGAAGGGCUGCAAACUUAAGUGCACCAAGUCCUCCGAUUAAUGAAUGCGGUAAAAAGGAGAAUGAUGAUGAUCUUAUGGAGGACUUGAGCUCACCGGAGACUCUAAGCAAGAUCAUUCAAAACAAAAAGCAGGGUACUUCAAUUGCAGAACCAUCUAACCUCACAUCCCAUAGAGAUUUGGGAAAUGGUGGAGAUCCCUUUUUGAAUAAGGCUGAGUACUGGAAACCACUUAAUUGUCUUGUUGAAGCUGCAAAUAGAACAAAACCUCUUAGGUCCAGCAGCCCACAAAACCCUGUUGUUAAAGUAGAGCAAACUAAUGGCCUUGAUAUUGAUGCGCAUUUGCCUAAAAUAAAAGCCAGGGAGCAUGCAAAUAAAUCUAAAGCUCAAGAUGACAAGAAUGGAAAUGUCUCCCUUCCUCAAAUUCCGCCCAAAGCUAAAAGAUCAAGUGGAGCUGGUCGGAAAAGAAAGGAUAAUGCAACCUCAGUCCAAGCACUGAUUGAUGCUGCGGGUAAACGUGAAAGGAGAAUAAGCCCAGUCUGGUUUUCAUUGCUUGCCUCUGCAAACCAGGAAGGAAAUCCACCAUUCCCUCAGAUUUCUGCAAAUUAUUUGCGGAUAAAAGAUGGCAACUUGCUAGCUUCUAUCUUACAUAAGUACCUGGCAAAGAAACUCGACCUUCAAAGUGAAGCUGAGGUGGAAAUUACAUGCAGGGGUCAGUCAGUUGCUCCUACAAUGGCUUUGCACAACUUAGUUGAUCUUUGGAUGCGGGCGGGAUCAUCGAGUAGAGUCCAGGCAACUUUGGGCAACCCAGCUAAAGAAUUCGUCAUGGUUUUAUCAUAUGGUCGAAAAGUGAUUGCCUCUUGAACUGGUAAGUUCCAUGUUUCAAUCUCUUCAUUUUACCAGAAAUGCAGAGAAAGGAACUGAUACAAGGGCCUCUUCUUAAAAUGAGAUCACAAGGAUGUCUGCUCAUAAUUUAGCCAGAUCCAUUGCUCUGGUUUUGAUGUUGUUUUUGGUAAGUUUAUUAGUGUAUCAUACCCAUGUUCCAAUUUUUCAUCUGCAGAAAAAAACAUGGGGUUUU